AUGGGUGAUUCAAGAUUAGCUCACUUGGGUACCCUACUUGAAUCAAAAAAUCGUUCUGUUCGACGGGAAUCAGCUCAAGCUUUUGCGAGCUAUUCACUAUGUGAUAAAAAGGUUGAGGAGAUUUUACUAAAAUAUUUAUCAUCUGUGUCAUGGGAUUGUCGUGUAUCAGCAGCCGAUGCCGUGUUCGCCGUCGUUUCCCAUCUUCCUGAUAAUAAAGUGAAACAAGAGCUCCAGAACAUUGCUCCUGAAUUAUCAACAUUAGACAUUUACAAAGUUAUUUCUACAUACAAAGCUUUACUGAGUGUCGACAGUGCCACAAUUGGAAAGGCCGACAAACAGCGUUUAAAUUAUCGUCAACAACGACAAAUUAUUGAUGAACAUUUGAAUUUACAAUCAGCAACAGGCAUAAGCUCGGCUGGAUUUCUAGCCGAGUCAGAGGUGUUGCCUGGGGAACAUAGUAGUGGAAGUAGUCCUAGUCAUGAUAAGGAGGAGGCCAAUUUCGGUCUACUCACGGAUGUGAAAUUAGAAGUUUCGGAAGACAACGGGGAAGAUAUAGCUUUGCUACAGUUUUUCAAUCGGCUCAUCCCUUUGUUAGCUGACCAACGGUGGUAUGUCCGUCAUGGAGUGGCAUUGGCUUUAUCAAAAAUCAUAGCUGGAUCAUAUCAAAGGAUUCCUUCUUGGGCGAUAGACUUCGCAGCGUUAAGGUUACUACAAGUCCUAGUGUUGGAUCAAUUCAAUGAUUUUGUUUCGGGUAGAAGUGCGACUGCUCCUGUUAGAGAAACUUGUGCCCAAGCUUUAGGACACCUUCUUCAUAAAUGUGAUGAAGAAAGAAAAAGCUGUAUCCUCAGACAUGUUCAGACUAUGCUAGAAACUAAAGGGGAGAAGAUGUGGCAUUGUAGACAAAGCUCCUUACUAGUUUUGAAAUACUUCUUCGCUAUCACAUCGUCUUCGGAUCUUUUCAAUUCGUGUUUUCGUUUAGUUUUGAAGACAUUAGAUGACUCAAUAGAUGAUGUUGUGUCAUGUGCUGUUUCGGCUUUAUCUUCCUUCUUAUCCAAUGACUCAUUGGGCUUGGCGAAAACAGAGUACAUCGACGAAGCCAUGAAAAGUAUUUGGAGGCUAUUGAGGAACGAAGCCAAGAAGGAUCAAAUUCGAUCAGGAUUGGAUGCACUAGCGAUUGACCUCAUGGUUAUAGUUGAUACCUGGCUGCGAGUGGAUAAUAAUGCUCAGUUGUCCAGAGAUGAUUUUCUUACUAUCAUAUCCAUGAUUGAUUCAUCCUUCAAUACAAGAACUUUGAAAAUUAUUUCUCUGCUGUCUGUGGCUAUCGAUAGAGGCGAGGCUGUUCUCAAUAGCAAUGAUUUGUUUUUCCUUCUGAAACAGUUCUAUCGAGUGAUCCUGUUCAGCGCUCCUUCUGAUGAUCUUGUUCUACUAGAGCUUGUCUAUCUGACAGAACUAAGAGUUCUCACGCGAUACAAAGAUCUUCUUUUCUCUCCAGAAGCAGUAAGUGCCGAGAAUGGGCUGGGUAAAAGCAUAGGAUUCUGGUGUAGUUGUUUGAUGUUAGAUCAUAAGAACCCCUUGAUAGAUGUUGUAACUUCCAAUGUUUCUUCGAACAAUGAGUGUACUGACCCAUACGAGAGGAUGUGUAGUGAAGAGAUGAGGUUCCUAUCAGACCGAGAGAAGGAUAACGUGUAUGUGACACGAAAGAUUUUGGCAGCCAAGUUUGUUGCGGCUAUCCUUCAUUCUCUCUACAAAAGCGAGGCUUUACUCAAUGGACAGGAUAUUAAGGAGGCUAUCCAAUCCUUCUUGGUUCCUCCAAUUCAAUCGAAUAGCUUGUAUCAGGUACUUGGAACAGCUCUUGUGAUUAACGAAUGGUCCGCAUUGUACAAAGCAGAUUUCAAUAAGGGAAUUUCGGUUGAACCACCCAUGAUUGUUAUUUCAAACUGUGACGCUGUGCUCCGAAACAAUUCCAAAAGUUAUACCGAGUUGAACGCCACUGUUUCACAGCUAACACAGGAUUGUAAUGAGUUUGUGGAUUACUGUGUUACAAGAGGAGUUAAGAGAGAAGAUUUGAAUCUACAGGAUCAUUCUUCUGUUGAAGAUGUAAGCAGGGCUGCUUAUGAAAAAUGCUUGACAACGGGGAACAAGAGUGAAAAGCAGAUCGAAGCUUUGCAAUCUAGGUACAAGCUGUUAUCGGAAUGGAUCGAAUUCACCAAACUUGCCGUUAAAGUAAAUUCAAAUCGUGUGCUGUCUUUUCUCUCAUCAGCUCUAUUCUACUUUGGAUCUGCUCCGGAAAAGCUUACUCCCAUGGUGAGACCGUUGGUUGAAUGCAUGCAGAUGGAAGAAAAUGAAACCGUAGCUGCUGAAGUUUUCAAGGGUGCGAUUCCUCUAAUGAUUGUCUUCAGUUGGCCACGAACUCCUAAGCCAUAUGUGAAGGUUCUGGGUAAAACUAUUGACUACUUCUUUAGUUGCUCAGAAAGAAUACCGAAGGUGGAGAACUGGGAGCAGAACACAGAAGCUAUCAUCUCUUUACAACAAAAAAACGAAACUGUAAAACCUUCUGUAGCUAGUAGAAAUGCUGAGCUGAUGCUUUUGGUUUGUUCAACUUUCACAAUGGAUCAGUUACCGGAGUACUAUGAUUAUUUCAACAUCAAUGAUUGUAAAGAAGAGGACCUUAUCGGUCGCCUGGAGCUUCACGGCUGUUUGUGGUCGAGAGUAGGAUCAUGUCUAUCCGAUCAGUCUACUAUUAGAAUAGUUGACCUUCUGAAGUCGAAAAACCCUGCUAAAAGGUAUGCUGGAUCUAAGGCCGUUUCAACAUUUGCUAAAUCUUCUCUGGGUGAUACAAUCUCUAGAUUCUAUGAUACCCUGUCUGCUAUGCUGGCGAAUUUAUCGGACGAUUACGAGAGAAAGGGGGCUUGUGAAGUGUUCCUAAGAUUGUCGUUCUUGGGAACAACGAUAGCCUCUGUCGUAUCUCUCUUUGCUCCCAUAGUGUUCCAACGUUUGGCUGAUACUCUUCCAGAAAUCAGAGAUGCAGCUGGUGAAACUUUCCGAAACUUAGUUCCGCUACUCUCUUUUGUGGCGAAAGAUGAGAUUGCUGGACUGCACGAGGAAAUCAAGCAAAAACUUAGUGAGAAUUCCGAGUUCAUAAAUGUCUUGAGCUCUCCUUCUCAACUUCCCCUACUAACAACAGGAGAAAUCAAAGGUCUGCGAUCAGGUAUUCAGCUGAGACAUUAUCAAUUGGAAGGAAUAACAUGGAUGAGAUUUUUACGACGCUUCGGGUUGAAUGGUAUCUUAGCUGAUGAUAUGGGUUUAGGAAAAACUCUUCAAACCAUAUGUACACUGGCUUUGUCUAAUGAUUAUGACAACUGCAGUUCAAAAACAUCGUUAGUGCUCUGUCCUCGAACAUUAGUGGAUCAUUGGUGCAAUGAAUGGAACCGUUUCUUCCCUGACAGAGUUCCAGCUAGGAAAGCCGAACAUGGCAUAUCUCCUAGCGUUGAACUUAUUGUUAUGGCAUACGAUGAUCUGAAGAAUAACAAGAAUGCUUCGAAAUUUGUUUUCAAUUACAUAAUUUUCGACGAAGGUCAUGUAAUGAGAAAUGCGAAAACCAGCAUUUGGAGAAACGCUUGUGAGCUCAAAGCAACAAGCAGAUUGAUUCUUUCCGGAACUCCAGUUCAAAACAGUCCUGCCGAUCUUUGGGCUCUGUUCACUUGGCUUAUGCCAGGGUAUUUGGGUGAUGAGCGUCUCUUCCGAGCACAGUUUCUGAGAAAAAUUAUCAAAUGUCGCAGUGCUAAAGCCACAGAAAAAGAUAUACAAGAUGGUUCUGAGGCUAUUGCGAGACUCCAUAAGCUUAUAUUACCUUUCGUAAUGAGAAGAUUGAAGUCUGAGGUUCUCACUGAACUUCCCGAUAAAAACGUCCAGGAUUACGAAUGUAAGCUUAGUCCAGAGCAGACAGAGAUUUAUAGGCUGGUUGUUGAUCGAUGCUCUACAAACAGAAAGAAAACUAGUGAGAAGGAUGGUAUCAGUCCUCUACACGCCCUGAUCACCUUACGUAAACUGGUAGAUCAUCCUUCUUUGAUUAUCAAUGUGUUGGAAAAAAUCGAUGCUCCCAAGGAAUUGCUGAAAUCGGCUUUGAAAGCUUCUUCUGGAAAAUUGGAGGCCCUCGGACAGUUAUUGAACGAAUGUGGUAUAGGUACUGCUCAUGCGACAACCGAGGAAGAUGAAGAAGAAGAUUUGCUUGCUAAUACCACAUUGGAAAUGCCUCAUCGUGCUCUAAUCUUCUGUCAGUGGAAAUCUUCCGUGGCAUUGGUAUCUGAAUUUUUGAAAAAAGGAGAAUUCGGUACUCCUGUUCCGCACUUGAUUCUCGAUGGAACUGUUCCAGCCAAUGAGAGGCAAUCGGUAGUAGACCGUUUCAAUAAUGAUCACACUAUAGACGUUCUCAUUCUUACCACACAUAUUGGCGGAGUAGGAUUGAAUUUGAUUGGUGCUGAUGUUGUCAUUUUCUUGGACCACGAUUGGAACCCGAUGAAGGAUUUACAAGCUAUUGACAGAGCUCAUCGUAUCGGACAAACACGGAAGGUUAAUGUUUAUCGCUUGAUUACCUUAGGAACUGUGGAAGAGAAAGUGAUGAGUUUCCACAAGUUCAAACUCAACACAGCUGACGCUUUAAUUGGAACAGACAAUAGAUCUCUGGAAUCUAUGGCUACUGAAGAAUUGCUCAAUAUGUUCACUCUGGAUGGUGAUCUAAAUGGAUCGUCUUCGAGUUCCUCAGGGCCUCCAAAGAAAAAAAUGCGAUCUGCACCUUCCACAACCGAAGAAGAACAAUGGAAUUUGGCAAAUCUUUGGGAUGAAAGUCAAUACGAGGAAUUGUUCGACGUGAAGAACUUCGUAUCUCAGGCUACUUGA